AUGUGUCAAAGAGAGGAUGGCGAAACUCGGGUGUUCAAAUUACUUGUCUGCGACCAGAAUGAUCCAGAUCCACACCGCGAGAUCGUCCAUUUGUUCACUUUGAGAGCCCAGUCCAGGCAAGGGUCUCGAGCAGAGAAUUGUUUAGUGGAUCUCACCAUAUGCCGCAACAAGUCUGAAGCGCUGGCUCUCGCUGACGUCGCAUGCGACGUAUUGAACAAAACCCCCGGGACACUCCCUCUCGAAAGGUGGAACGCUCCUUACGGUCAAGGUCAUUCAUCAGUCGUCCAAUUCGUCGAGAUCGUCACAUUGAUGACAUGGAAGCCGGAUCUGGAUUUCAACAAAAUUCACUCUGACUGGAUUGGCCACGAUCGAAGUGCAGCGUACAUCUCUCAGAUGCGUUCUUCUCUCAAACCCGAGCUUCGCGACCAUCUAUACGCAUCUCCUAAUUUUCUGUGUGUCUUGAGCGAUCGCACUCGGGCAGGAGAUUCUUUUGAUGACCUUCGCGUAAGACCUGGUGAUGUCAAUGUCAGCGUCGUCAAAAGAGAUUGCAAUAUUCCACAAGGCUUCUGGUUUGCUCAAAGCACCACUCCAGACUAUGCUGUGAAGGACGAAGCGUCAGACAGUGCUUCUUGGCAACUCUUACGCUGGAUCUACUGGUCACUUGCUGGGUUCUGCGGGACUGCAACGCAACUCCGAGAAAUGAUUGAUGAUUUGUCGCGACCAUUUCUGCUUCCUCAUGUCGGAAGGAAGGAAUAUAGAGAGCAUGGAGUGCUGAAUGGCAAGGCUUUGUUCACAGCACCACGAAUAGCCAGCCAUCACAUUUACUUCGUGGCCUCUGCAGAACUUUCAUCCUAUAUUUCUAUGAAAGAUGGAUCGGCACCCUCUCCGAGGACAUUCCGCCCGAGGACAAACUCAAACAGUACAAUUAUGCUUGCGUAUAUUCAUCAGCGAGGUAUUGAUGCACUUGCUUCCGGAAAGCUUCUCCAGAAUGUUAUGCUGGCGGUCAUGCAGGCCGCGGAUAAGGUCAACCGCAGAGAUUUUACCGAAACCGAUGCCAUUGCAAAUCAUUGUGACCCUCAACAACACCCAUCUAACGACAGAGUUUGUAUGUCUUGCGGCACUGUCCGCUCUUAUCACGACAUGUACUGUCAUUCUAGAAACCGUGCUCUCCUCUGCGCGGGGUGCAGAGGAAACAACGACCCUUUCAUGUUUGUACUCGUUGCACCCGUGGAAUAUCAAUUCCGCCGGCUGAUAUGGCACAUGUAUGAGGCCGACGAGACACACGGACCCGUUCAAUGGAAGAGGCCUGACAUGCAAGCAAGUAUGGAGCAACAAUUCAAUAUCAGUACCUACAGAUGGCGUAAUGCUUAUGGGAAUCAUGACUUCGACGUUCACAAUGCAGUCUACAACGAUGAUUUCUCCGGUGGUCGUACGAACAAACACCCUUUACGGCCCAGUCCAGACCGGUUGUUGCCGGCAUAUGUAUCAGCAAACACUCCACACGGUCCCCAUCUACAUCAUCCUGAUAACGUUGCUAUGACGUUCCAAGCUCUGAAUUACGCCAGAGGUACAGACAUUCUCCAUAUGGUUCCAUGGUACAAAAGGAUGCUUUCUCUGAGAGAAUUGGUGGCCGAUCGGCCCUGUCAAGUAGACUAUCACGAAGAGAUUCAAGGCCAGUGUGUAGCUUUCGAAAGAGCUGCAGACAAUGCUCUCCUGAUCAAGUCCUCGCUCCCAAAUGGUAACAGUGCCAGGCUGAAGAACAUCAGAGACGACUUCGGAGAGAUAUGGGCACCAAAGUACAAAUCUGGAGUUUUGGAUUCGGUGAUCAGGUCACGUUUCUUGACCAGGCGUCAUCGCAUCAGUUUCACGCCUCGUAGACGUCGUCGCGGGAUUGUGGCACCAUUUCCGGACUUCAGGAUGUGGAACGAGAAAGAAUUGACCAAUAUCAAAGGUCUGAUCGAACAGGCUCACCAACCAAGAUACAACCCUCACAACCUAGAGCUUCCCACCGGCAAUGACGGAUCUCCUCUAUUUUUUCGUAAGAACACCACGCCAGAUGACUCUUGCUGGGAGUUUCUUUUCUGGGAGAUGCGGGCACGGCUAUGGACCUGGUGGCAUGAAUGCGACAGCGACAACGAUACUCAGGAAUCCCCCACCACCAUACUGAUCUUCUUCGUCAUGCAAUGGCUCAAGUACAGCGGUAAAUGUCAUAUCUUCGGUUUCAAAUUCGUACCCUUUGCCGGCCAUACUCAGGUAUACUCCUUUGGCCGAGGGCUGCACACGUUUGAUCGGGACGGGAAACUGAUCAGAGACAUCAUGCCGGGUGAGCCGUUAUCAACGGGCUUCAUCACAACCCAACCCACAGAUAUCGAUAUCGAUUGGGUGCCAGAGUAUUGCACCGCAAUGCUGGAAUCGUGGAAAGCCAAUGCCUUGAGACACGAGUAUCCUGUCGCCGUAUUGCACCUUUGUCUCGACGCUGUCAGGAUGACUGUGGACGAUAGAGAUACCGAGUAUUUUGAUGCUCCCAAGGAAGCGUCAGAAUAUCCCGUCGUCACUUUUCCAAGAUCGUGGAAGCACACAACGUCGGAAGAUCGCCUUUCCUAUGUCAGCCACGGCGCCGACAAAGACGAUGAUGCGUUGAUGGAUGACGAAGUCUCCUCGCUUAUUCUCGGUGGUCGUAUCAACUACGAUGACGACGAUGAAAACGAUGAAGAUGAGUAUGGAGAUGAGUAUGAAGAUGAAGAUGAAGAUGAAGAUGAAGAUGAAGAUGAAGAUGAAGAUGAAGAUGACGAAGAUGAAGACAAUGAAAAAGACAAUGAGGGGGAGGAAGUGGCUGUGUCCAGCGACUCUAGAUCCUUGUAUGAGCGACAAAGGGCUAUCGCAAGUGCCAAAGUGCGAGGCUGCAUCGUGAACCCUCCUGUUGUGCCAAAGGUGGAGGGAACUUUCACGUUCUUGGAGACUGGAGUCGACGAUCUUGCCGCAAGGAUGAUGGGUUACGAUGACGGCAGGGCAGUCAUCGAGGCUCGUGCGAAUGGCCAUCUCAAAGGUCUCGAAUUUGGUGUCUCGGUCAAGAUUCAGCCCUUUGUUAUAUUCCAACCCCAUCCCAGUUAUCUCAACCCUACUACACAACCUCUCACGACCGGCAAAUGGUUGUAUCUUACACCUGACGACAAGGCAACUGCUCAUCGCUAUUUUGCAAAGUACCAACGACAUUCCUUCACUGACCAUGCCGCCCCCACUGCUGAAGAAAUUUGGGAACUUCGACGUUCGGGCCAUGCAGACUCCAGGACCAAGACUGCUAUCAGGGGGAUCAAUAUCGCUUGGGCUACACUCACUCAUGACAACGACCUCGCUCCAGCUUUCACGCAACAGGACUUCUCCUCCAUCGGCACGGGAAAUCCGGAGCUGGAACUCCCACUACCUAACACUAAUCCACUCGAACCACUGCGACAAACGCAGACUGGCCGAGCCAAUAGCGCGAUACCUGGAAACAUGUCACCAUUCUCCGACACAUCAAACACCGCACUCUACCUGGAGCAUAAUAGAUGGAGUCCUGCUGCACCUGUUAUUACUGUGCCUCUUGCUCGAUUGCAGUUCGAGGAAGAUUCGGAAGAUGAAGAGUCUCUCAGCCAGAACGACUCAGUGAGCGUUCACACCCCGGAUGCGCUUCGCCGCAACCGCACGUUGAAGGCAGAGCUGGCAGAAGCUUUGGAGCGGCACCGGUCAGAACGCCGUGGACAGCGAGAGCAGCGAGAAUAG